AUAGUACAACAAUAUUUUAGUGUUCGGAUUCUAGUAUUUUAAGGUACGGUCUAGACAAAGAGAUAUGCAUAAUUUAAUAUAUUUACAAAACCCUAGCUUCCAGAUCUUUUCCAAAACGUAUUCAAUUGUUCCGUUAUCUCCGACAAAUUCUGACUCUAAACAAACGGCUUUGUACCGUCGUUAAAUGCUUCAUAUUUAAGUUGGAGCAUAAGAUUACACAAUAAACUUUAACAAUUUAUGUUGAAAUAAGCAAAUUUCCAUUCUUUUCGUAAUUAUGUUCCAUUUCCAUUGCCUUGAACUCUCUUGGACUAUGGGCAAAGAUACUUUUUGUCCACUCACGAACAAAAUGACAGCCACCACACUAGAGCAUGUCAAAGUGACAUGGUAAGUGUCAACAGCGAGUCAUAACUUUUAUAAUUUUCUACCAAAAUAGUUAGUGCAGCCACCACACUUGCGAGCAUAAUUUCCUGUAGCGUGGAAAUUACGUCCAGGAUAAUCGUUUAUCAAAACGACAAAGUAGCAAGGACACAGUCGGACAGUGGUGGUACGUUGACCUUCGUAUCUGUGCGCUCCGUAGAAGUAUAGCUUGGAGGGAAGCAACCAAGCUUGGACCUCCCGCCGUAAAACGUCAAGCAAGUUUGCGCAAAAGGUGUUUGCUCGGCUGUGUGUUUGUGUGUGCGUGUGUGUGUUUGCGUUCGUACGUUUGUGAUCCGUUUUUGGGACUAGGAAGUAUGUACCGCGCGGUAGUCUAGUGCAUCAACAAAGUGCAUUUACUUGCAACUAAGCCCAGCGGAGUAGCGUCGCAACGAUACAAAAGUGUCGUUUGUGUCGUGCAGUUUUGAAGGUUAAGACGCGAACGUGCGGCGGCGGGUCAGUGUGGUAACGCGACGGCGAUGUUCGAUCGAUCGAUGGAACGGGAAAGAUCGGGUACGAAUCAGGCGGCGGAAGCACGCAGCACGAUGAAAUCUGGCCCACCGUCAUCGUCGUCAGCGAACAGGAAUCAAUGUACGCCGUCAAGGAUGAGUUCCUUUGCGGGCAGUGCGAUGGGCUUGGAUCGAACACUCAGUACACCGCCGGUGGCUGAAUCGACACACAUCGGCGGCACCAGCUUCAGUUCAGCCUGGAACGGUACCAGCAUCGGUGGACAGUCCAAACGGAGGCCCACCUCACCGUUACUGAACCAACAUCGCACACUGUUCAAAAGCAGUGGGAAUCUAACGGGAAUUGGCCGUGCAAAUUCACGCGUUCUUACUGAUGCGCAAAGUCCCGGUUUGGUGAAUCGUUUGGUACGCUAUUACGAUCGCAGUCAGUCCCAAGCAAUGAAUCGUUCCCAGUCUCUAUCGAGCGUGUACAACAAACCGGGUCAGUUCCCGCUGGUCCAGUUGCGAAAACAGGAGCUACGUUACGCAAACAGUAAUGCGUCCCGUCGGAAUGGGAACUUCAGCAUGGUUCGCAUAGCCCCACCGGAACGCUCGCUCUUUCACACGAACAAGCGUAGCAGCAUUUUUCGCAGCGGUUCGUUGCUUCUGCCGACCACAAACGAAUCCGCAAGCGAAGCGUCUUUGUUUAGCGGUUUAGGGUCGGCCCGGAAUGGCCCCACCAGUAGCAAUGGUGGUGGUGGUGGUGAUGAGGCGGACGUUGAAAAUCGCGUUAUCACACCGUGUGCCGAGCUGGAAGCGACACCUACCCGAAGUGUACUCGAUGCACUGAAGGAAAUAUCCCGAAAGCGCAUCAACAGCGAGGAAUUGGAUGCGGAUCGAAUCAAGAAGCAGUGCCAGGAGCUGUCGGAGCUAGAUGCGGCCGGUAGUGGGCCACCAACGUCGACGGCAGCCGUUGCGAUUGGAACGCAUGGGAUAGCUACGAAGAGAAGCCGCGAACAGGCAUCGGAAAGCAGCCCUUCGUCCCCGUCGGAGCUGGGACCCGGAUUGGGUGGUGUGGCCCGUGUGCUUAGCUCCGGUGGUGAACAACAGUCGCAAAAGAAGCGUUUGUGCAUCAAAAACAAUGAUAUCCUCAGUUCGCUUAGCUCCAGUUUGGUCACGAUGAACACACCGAAGCGCAACAUGGUACCAAGGGCAGAGCGACGCUUUAACGCGUAUCAACCCUCGUCGAUAAGCAUGUCCUCGCCGGCAAUGCCAACGUCCUCUUCCACCGUGGUCGGACUGGCGACACCGGAGAAGUUCUCCAACAUGGCACUAAACACACCGGAAUCGCUGAGGCGAAGCGAGAGCCCGAGAGCGUCCAAUGGUCACACUAACCGCACCAGCUCGAAUCUUGACCACUGGAAACAACCGGUUCGCGAUGUUAGUAGAGAACCGAUGGAGCAGGCACCACCGCUUCACCGCGCCCCACCAAAGAUAACACUGUUUAACCGGCCGUAUGAACCUACGAUAUCAUCCUCGUUGACGGAUAAAUCCAGCUCACCGUCAGCUAGGAGCACCAGCCGAAUAAUAACGAGCGAUGGUGAAGAAGACGAACACGGCGAAGGAAGCGGAAAGGUACAGUUCGUGCGGCCGAAAGAAAAAUCGCCUAACGACGUAACCUUGACCGGGUCGAGUGCGAGCGGAUUUAGUUGUUCGCGCGAUCCGCUCAAGAAACCGGCCCCCUCGAAGCUAACUGUGAUGCUGAAGUGUUUGAGCGGCGACCUGGACGACUAUGAAGAGGAGGUGGAACAGCAACAACCGCCACGUUUAUCGCAAGCACUCGCACAGUCACGCACGGGAUUCAAUUUAGGUCCACGGUCCACUUCCGCAAACGAUACCGUCGAUGCGGCAGUGCCCAAAGAACUUCCAACGAGCGUUGCUUCGAAAUCUGUAACCGUAACGGGUACGAGCGUGACUUCCGUUAGUACUGUGACGUCGUCUUCUUCGUCUACCGUCACGAACGGUUUAUCGGCUUUGAUAAACAACCCUAUCAAAGAUACCGGGCUGGGCAAGAUAGCUUCACCUCCAUCCAAGGAGCCAAGCACAGAAACGACCGUUACAAAACCGAACGAAGAGAAUCCCCCGAAAGUAAGCAACGCCCCGACAGAUGCUGCAAAAUCUCUAACGUUUACGUUCGGUUCUGGCAAUGCGACCGCUACCGUUCCUUCAACGUUACCCACUACGACCACGAGUUCGGCAUUUGUGUUGCCAAUUAAACCCGUCACAACUACAACGGGUGGAGAAAGCGGCACGGUUACUACGGCAACAACAUUCACGUUUGGAACACCUGCACAAAAGUCUACCGCUCCGUCAAACAGUAGUCCGCUCGCUGCGUUGGCGAACUCGAAUUUGAUUUCGUUCUCACCGGCCAUUGAUGGUAAGCUUCCCACACCGGUCCUACAGUUCGGUGGCAGUCCGGUAACAUUAUCCACGGCCGCCACCACCACUACAGUGACGCCAACCAGUACAUCAACAUUCUCCUUCACGGGUGGAGCAUCCACGACAAUAGUAUCACCAACGGCAACAACCACAUCACCGCUCAUGACAUCAAGUGCCACUUUACCUACCUUCGGCGCUGGUUCCACGUUCGGUGGCUUCAAACUUCCCUCGUCUCUAACGUUAGCGACCACAUCAUCCGCGCAACAGCAAACCAAUAGCAACAGCACCACAAUAUCGACGGUGCCAACGUUGACGACAUCAUCUUCAGCAGCAGCAGCAGCAGCAGCAGCAGUGCCUCCUACCUUUAACUUCGGUUUCAACAGUGCUGCCAGCAAUAAACCUGCAACUACACCCGCGACAAUCCCAACGUUCGGUGCUGGAUCCUUAUCACCAUCCAGCACGAUGGUCAGUACGGUGGGUUCCUCUUCAACCACGACCCUACCAUCGACUGCUGCUAGUGCUUUCACCUUUGGCAGUGUUAGUUCCACACCGAACGCUUCACCUGCCAGUACGUUUACGUUUGGCGCAGCAGCAGCAGCAGCAGCGGUGGCAAAGGCUAGUCCUACGGCGACCGGUAUAAACAAUGCUGUUUCAUCUUCCGUGGCGCCCACAACAACAUUCCCGACGUUUGGUUCACUUGCCGGAAGUGCAACAUCUGCAGCAGCGACAACGGCUUCGACUGCGGGCGGAACUGUCACGAAUGCACCUGCAACUACUGCACCAGCGCAACCAUUCAUGUUCGGUGGCGUGAAACCGGCACCUGCAACAACCGCCAACAUAUUUGGAGCUGCCACGACCGCCACUAGUAACGCACCGUCCGACGGUAGUGGUAGUAAAAGGAAUCUUUUCGCUACAGCAGCACCACAACCCCAACCGAAUGCUGCAUCGUCCAUAUUCGGUGCUGCGAUUGCUGGCAGUGGACAAGCGCCUACAGCCGGAUCAGGAAACACAACAACGGGAACUUCCAUCUUCGGGGCCGCUACUGGCAGUACCGCACCAGGAGCACCUUCAUCUUCUCCCUUCACUUUCGGUGCUACUAAAGUGGCCACCUCGCCACCUCCACCAACGAAUGGAGCACCGAAUAAUGCUCUCAGCGCAACGGCUUCAAUCUUUGGCCAAGCUGCACCAAUGGGAACGCAACCGGGUGCGCCUACUCCUACGGGUGGAAUUUUCACAUUCGGAUCAACCAAACCAGCAGCUCCGUUAGCAACAGGUACGCAACAAAACACAGCAACCCAACCACAACAACCAAGUGCAGGACUAGCAAAUUCUCAAAUCGUACCCACAUUCGGUACCGGUACGGGUACGUCCACCAACGCGACACCGUUUACCUUCGGUGCGGUUGCAAAUAAAGCGACAGCGGCCACUAACCAAGGGUCCACCAUUUUUGGCUCCAUGUCCGUCACAAACAAUGCCGGUGGAAAUGUCGCUGGCAACACUUCUACUUCCGCCGUGCCCACGUUUGGUGCCGGCGCUAUGAACGGUACCGGACCGGUUCCAACAUUCGGUGGUGGAUCCAUCUUCAGCAAUGCUACACGACCGGGAACAGCAACGGCAAGUGGCGCAAAUCCUACACCCGGUUCCAUCUUCGGAGCACAACAACAGAACGGACCUCAGACUGUAUCGAACAAUGUGGGACAACCGGCAGCACCACAAACGGCAUCACUUUCGUCCGGCGGUUUGUUUACCUUCGGUGCGACCAACGCAAACAGUCCGGCAUCGAACAAUAACAACGCAUCAACCGGAACGUUCGGUGCCACGAAUGCCGGUGGCGGCAGUACCUUCGGUGGCUUUAAUGCGGCUGGUGGUGGUGGUGGUGGUUUAGCGAAUGGUAUCGGUGCCAAUCAAACGACGACACCGAACAAACCGUUCACGUUCGGUGCGACCGCUUCGAACAACAAUGCUGGCGCUGUGAUGCCACAAAACAAUAUGACCGCACAGCAGCAGACUACGCCCAGUGCGCCAAGUGGUUUUAACUUUAACCUUGGUUCGAAUGCGGCCAAACCGUUUAACUUUACUGGUGGAAUCGGUAACGUUAAUACGAACGGUAAUGUGGCCUCACCGCCGAUGUUUGGUUCACCUUUAGCAACGGGCAACAACAAUCCAGCCGGCAACGCGUCACCCUUCACAUUCGGCGCAAUGGUUAAUGGUGGAGGAUCAACUGCCGGCAACAAUGCGUCAUCCACACCCGGUCCAUUCACGUUCGGUGCAACGGCAACACAGCAGCAGCAGCAGCAGCAACAGGGUCCGGGUGUCGGUGGAGCAGGUCUAUCGUCACCAUUUAAUUUCUCCGCCGGAAAUGUUGCGGCCGUAGCCCCCCAGCCACAGCAACAACCGGGAGCAGCGUUUAACUUUGGCGCUAAUCUGGCUGGUCAACAACAGCAGCAGCAACAACAACAGCAACCGUUCGGAAUGGUCGGAGGUGUUACACCAGCGUUCGGUGCACCACCCGCUUUUGGUGCACCCGGGGUGGGUGGCGUUGUGCCCGGUGGAGGCGUCAUGCCCACAUUUAGCAUCGGUACAAACUCGACGCCUAACGGUCCGACGGUUGGCCAGCGACGAAUAAAGGUGGCAACGAGGCGUGUUAAGUGACCGUAACAAGGGUUCGUUGUUGAGCACACGUUUGUUUAAGAGUUUACCGUGCGUAAGUAAUCGGUGAACGUGGAAGGACAAGCCGCCGGCUCCCUUCUCGGGCAAGAUAGUUCUUUUUUGUGAGCCGGGGGAUGAAGUUUCGCAAUGCCUGUCUGCCUAUAUUGCCUUAAUCCAGAGCCACACUCUCUGUUUACAACUUCUCGCACUAUCAAAGUUCCAACGUACAUAUUUUCUGGCGAUUUUUUUGUCAAAAAUAAGUCUCCUUCUUGUUGAUAAUAUGUUUUGCAUUGUGCUGUAGCUCUUCAUACUCUUCACAGCCAUCAGCUGUUUUGGCUAACAGAUCGUGUCCCAUUUGCCAAUGGUGAAAAUUGAUAGUGAUAGGGAAAUUUGCGCGAAGUGCGUGUUUAUGUGUAUGUAUAUGAAACAGGUGAUGAAUUUGUAAAAAAAAAAACGAGAAAGAUUAAUAAAAUUACAACCACAACCUCCAGUUACGAAACGGAA